UGUGGCAAUAUACAGUCCACAUUCCUUGUGACGCUCUAAACUUAUGAAUCAGAAGGCUCCGUUUAUUUCACAUACGACUAACGAUUUAAAUAUAGUACGCCGUGACAGUGACAAGUGAAUUGUUAUAAAACAAACGUAUUCUAAGGAAAAUGUGGCGAGUAUUAUUAUUCAUAGGUUUGCUCUUAGGGAUUUGGUUGCGAUGGAGGUACAAGAAUCGGCGAAUUCUGAAGAUGACCAAGAAAAUACCCGGUCCACCAACAAUUCCCUUAUUCGGAAACGCUUUGACAUUUAUGUGCCAGCCAGAAGAAUUCAUAAAAAUUAUAAAAGAUCUUAUGAUCGAAUACGGUGGCGUUUUCAAAUUGUGGAUCGGACCAGACUUGAAUAUCGUUGUUAGUAAUCCGGACGAUAUAAAGCUUCUCCUAACAAAUAAUAAGACAAGUAUUAAGGGACCGCAAUAUAAAUACAUGGCGGAUGUACUCGGCGGUGGAAUUCUAAGUGGAUCAGGUAUUCAUUGGCGGAAACAUCGUAAAAUCGCUACACCAAACUACGGUAAGCGAGCAAUUGUAAGUUACACCGAUGUUUUCAAUCAAGAAGUGGACUUGCUGCUGAAUAGAUUUAAAAGUUUACCCAAAGGGCAAGAAACAGAUAUAUACAAAUAUAUAGUGCAAUGUACCAGUUACACUGUGUGCCAAACUCUUAUGGGACUGUCGAAAGAAGAGACGAUGGAACUUCCACAUUUGCAGUACCUGAUAGACAUGAGUCCGAAACUUUACGACAUCGUAUUCGAUAGAAUGACGAAAUGGUACCUCCAAAUAGAUCCAGUUUUCUGGUUAACAGAAUCAUACACACAACAGAAACAAUUCAAAGAAAAGCUUCGUGAAUUAAGCUCCGCCAUAAUUAAACAUCGAUUAAAAGUAUUAUCUAACUCAGACGAUAUAUUAUACCUAUUGAAUUCAGAAGAAGACUCUUCAAAGAAUACACAGUUAAGUGUAAUAGAUAGAUUCAUAUUAUCAGAUGAAUUCAAUUCAAAGGAUCUGAUGGAAGAAACGUUUACAAUUUUUACAUCCAGUCAAGAAGCGUCAGCUAAAAUUGCGUCCUUUUUUCUGAUGAUGAUGGCAUUUCAUCCAGCGUGUCAAGAAAAGCUUUAUACCGAAAUAAUUAACGUCACCGGAAAAGACGACAAACCAGUUACAGACGAUGAUCUAAAGAAAAUGCCGUAUCUUGAAAUGGCGUUUAAAGAAGUUCUCAGGUUAUUUCCAAUAGGAGGAAUGUUGCAGAGAACUAUUAAUGAGGAUAUUUCUAUCAGUUCAUAUACACUUCCAGCUGGAUCUGCACUGGUCAUUCCCAUAUAUCACAUUCAACGUGAUCCUAAACUAUGGAGUGAUCCAGAAUCAUUUGAACCUGAAAGAUUUACCCCCAAAAAUACUAAAGGGCGUCCCCCAUAUUGUUACAUUCCCUUUAGUUUGGGUAAUAUGGAUUGCUUAGGAAGAUACUUCGGAGCCAAAUUGAUAAAGACAAUCGUCAUCAGAGUCUUGCGAAAAUUUAAAUUAAAUUCAUUAAAUAAUUUUAAAAAUCUCCGGACUAUUAUUGCGAUAUCGACAACUUCAUUAGACGGAUUUAAAGUCGUUUUAGGUUCAAGGGAGGAAUAAUCGUAUUAUAAAUUGAUUUAUUCAUUGCCCCAUUUUGUUUAUUAAAAUACAAAUCCUAUAGCUUCUUAAUGAUUGAUUGUACCAAAUUUAUUAUACAUGCUUUGCUAACUCAUUAUGAUCAGAAUCGUGUCAUGUAAAAUUCGUUCUUUAUUCAUAAGAGUUGGUUAUUAGAUAAGUGUUUAAAAAAUUAAAUAUCACAGUUACGUGUCGUCACAGCGUAUUAUAAAGUACGUAACCCGCCGCGUCUAUCUGUCUGUCUACCUGAACGCGGUAAAUACAAAAACUACCAAAAUGAUUUUCAUAUAGUUUUCACCAAUAGACCUGUUCAUUCGCAAAGAAGUAUAUAAUUUAUUAAGGUUUUUUUUGUAAAUUGAUGGUAUUAUAAGGAUGAUUGUUGAUCAAUAAAAAGGUACU